AUGUCUAAAGUGUUAUUACACGACGGUUUUAUAGAACCGUCGUCUUUUAAAAAACAGAGACGGUUUUCACUUAGACCGUCAAUGUUAAGCACCUCAGUUCAUGAAAGUUUGCAGAGGAUACGUGAAAGAAAGCUUGUGAACUUUAUUGAGUGGGGCCCUGCAAGCAUUCAGGUUGCUUUGUCUAGAAAGUCUCCAUAUGUGCAAACGGCCCACAGGGUCAGUGGUCUUAUGCUGGCAAGCCAUACGAGUAUUCGCCACCUUUUCAGUAAGUGUUUGAGCCAGUAUUUGAUGUUAAGAAAGAAGCAAGCCUUUCUUGACAACUAUCGGAAGUUCCCAAUGUUUGCUGAGAAUGACCUUUCGGAAUUUGACGAAUCAACAGAGAUACUUGAGAGUUUGGUUGAGGAAUAUAAGGCCUGUGAGUCCCCAGAUUACAUCAAAUGGGGAAUGGAGGAUCCAGACCAAAUUCUUACAGGAGAAGGCAAUGCAGCAGGAACAGUGGACCCAAAAUUGGCAGAUUGGAAGACUGAUGCAGGUUAA